AUGGAAAUGAGGUGGUGGCUGCGCUCGUGUAACGAGCUGCCUACGUACCCUGUUUUAGGGAUCAAGCCAGACGUAGUUCGAUUUGAUUUCCGGCUAGAAAGAUCAGGGCUUUCUGGGAUUAUCUCAAAGACCAAGGAUAAGAUCGAAGAGAAAAGGAUGAGAAUAUCUCAAGACAAGAAGAGAAGAUGUUUUCUUGGAAAGGAACUUUUAUCAGGAUAUUCUUCUCUCCGAAAUGAGAAGGAAAAACUUAUGCCUUGUGAUCAAGAAUCGUCCUCCUUUUAUAGCUCCGAAGUAGAUCGCAACCUCCUCCGCGUAUCUCGUCCACGUGCAACUACCGAUCCCGCUAUUUCCGGAUCUGAACGAUCGAAGCGAGAUUCUCGUUUGACUCGUUCAAACUCAGCUUGCGGACUUGACUCCGUCGAGCUAGAGCUCGACUUCGUCUUCACAAGUAGCUCGGACAGUAAACAGCUGGAUUUUGGACAAGGAUACUUGGUGGGCUCGAGGUCAUUUUACUGGGCCUGA